GUGGUUUCUGCCGAGCAGCCAAACGUUCAGGUCUCGCGGCGGUCUCCUCCUCACCAUGACAACGACGGAUUUUUAGCAUCGUCAGAGGACAAACCGACACCCGCUCAGCUUAAUAUUUACAGACGAAUAUUAAGUAAGCUGUCGUGUUUUACAUGAGUAUCACAUAUAUUAUAUUUCAUGUAGGGAGGCCGUUUCUGCUGUGAGGACCCUCAUGCGUCGGAGACCAGCCGGAGGCAGAAGGAGACGCCGUUUCACUGCGUAAACAACAUGGCUCUGCUUCAGCAUCACCGGCGGCUGCUCGCCUGUGCUGUGCUGCUGUGCGCGGUGCAACGCAUCGACACUCGGACCUCACCGAUAUCCGACCUAAAAUCCAAAAUAACAGGGGUGGAGGAGCUCUUGGAGGAAUUCCGCAAGCAGCUCCAGCAGGACCAGGCAUACAGGGUAGGCGAUGUGAGUGACUCCUGUGUGGGCGACUACAACGCCGUCGGAGAGCGCAUCAUCCGGGCCAAGGCCUCCAUCGAGCACGGGGCCACCUUCCUGCUGGCUCCGGACAGGGUGUACACCUGGAAGGACUGUCUGCACGCCUGCUGCUCGCAGCCUCACUGCACCGUGGCGGUGGUCCAGGAGGACCUGAGGCAGCCCGGGGAAAGUCUCAACUGCUACCUGUUCAACUGCACCUACAGGAAUAAAAAUGUUUGCUCCUUCGCUCCACAGCAGGGCUUCACCACAUACAGCCGGACUCCAAACACCACGCAGGGGCACCUCCCUGUUUCCUCCAUCCGGAGGCCCGGGGAAGGGCUCCCUGAUGAGGAUGAUACACAAGAUGGGGAUGAGCCCCCCCGCAGUGACGCUGGACAGGAUGUGGUGAUCCAGCUGCCCACUGACUGGGCCGUGCUGGACGGCCGGGACAGUGUGGAUGACGUUGGGAUCAACAACUAUGAAUGGACUCUUGUCAAGGGGGACACAGCCAUCAAUAUGAAGGUGACUCAUCCAGGGCUGCUGAAGAUCAGCAGUCUCCAGGAGGGUGUCUACACCUUCCAGAUGACUGUUACCGACACAGCUGGUCAGAAGAGCUCCGACAACGUCUCUGUUACCGUGCUGGCACCAAAACACCAGGCAGAAGUGUGUACAGGUCACUGUUCAAACUACCAGUUCAAGUGUGAUGACGGUUGCUGCAUUGACAUCACCUACGCCUGCGACGGGAAGCAACACUGUCCAGACCGCUCUGAUGAAGACUUCUGUCCUAACUUUGACAACAGCCGGAAGUCAGUGACCCACACUGCUGAUCUACCCAGCCCUCAUCUGCCUGUGGCUCAGACAGAGGAAGCUGCCGAUGGCUCCAUGCUCCAGGCUGGGCCCAGGAAGACCAUGGAGAACAUCAUACCACCUCAAGAUAGGGCCAAAGCCACUCCUGCACAAAGUCCCAGUCAGCAGGAGGCCUCAGCCAGUCAAGAUCCGUGUGCUGCGGCUCCAGUCGUAGGACCUUGUAAAGGCACAUUCCCACGCUGGUACUAUGACCGGGUUGCAGGGGAAUGCAAACACUUUCUGUAUGGUGGUUGCCAGGGCAACCAUAACAACUUCCUCCAGGAAUCGGAUUGUGUCAGUGAAUGUAUACAGAAAAAACCGGCUUUCAAACCAGCAACUGUGGCUCCUCCCAUCACCAAGCCGACUGAAAUAGCUGCUCCUAAAGUCUCCCAGAGCCAAGCAGAGAGUGACGUCCCCAUCUCCAAACCGUUUUCAGCGAUGGAAGGACAUCCAGCCCCGGAGUCAGGUGCGAUCCUUCCACUGGCACUUGGCCUAAUCAUCACCGCUCUGCUGCUGCUCAUGAUUGGCUGUCGGCUCAGACUUGUUCGCCACAAGCUGAAAAAAGCCCGACCCCUAACCACCGAGGAGUCAGAUUACCUCAUCAACGGCAUGUACCUGUAGCCACUCAGAGAGGAGCAGCAAAUAAAAAGAGCACCAAGAUCUCAGAAAAUUCUUGUUCACAGGUCAGAAUAGGGCGUUGUCACCAGAGCCUGAACUAGGACUUCUUCAAUUUGCACUCUGUCUUUCCUGCAGCCUGGUGUCUCUAAUUUAUUUCAUAUCAGGUUGGAAACUCUCUGCUAUCGUAAAUGUUUCUCAACACGUCCAUGCUGAACCUCCCCAAUCUGCUGCUGCUGCUGAGACGCUGCCUUCAAAGCCAGUUACACAUAUUCAGAUGCUUGUGAGUUCAUAUUUAUGUUGUCUUAAGAAAAUCUGAUUGUGAAUCCAUGAUGAAAGAUUCCACAUUCCCAGUUCAACACUGACAUACAGCUGUCUAGUAUAUUGUUUUAUCAAACGCUUUUUCCAUGGGAUACUACAAGAAGCUCUUCUGUCCCUUUUAUUAAAAUUACUUUUAUUCCUCCA